AUGGUGGCUCUUAAACGAAGCACCACUCCAGCUUCAAGUCCCGUCCCCGGGAAAUCUGCUCAGAAGAAGCAGCGACCGUCAGACCCCAGUGCAAAUCAAUUGGGUGGGACCGUCGACAAGCCUUCCGGCAUAGAAGAGCAAGAUUCCAACGAUCGCUCUACCCCUUCGAGCACUGCGCUGCGGAAGAGUACUGUAGGCCGCGAUUCAACGAGUGUCUGGAACGAUCGACUGGACCCCAUCGACCAUCUCGAUGAGGCUCACAUGCUUGUUGACGAAAGCUUUGCGACCGCGUCUGGGAAGGCCACUCCAAAGCCAGCUGGGACGCUGAAGAUCGUCAAACAUAAGAUCUCGGUUCCCGGUCUCGAGCACCAGAACCAGCGCCAUGAUGUUGCGGGGUCUGUUCCAGCCGCCGAACAUACUAAAAUGAAUGCCGUUUCAGCGCCUGGACCCCCGAUAGACAAUCCCCAUACUCGCUUAGGAGUAGUCGGACAGAAGUUGCAGAACGAUGCAAAGGCGGAGGACGCACGAGCCAAAGUUUCGGCCUCGCCUUUCAAUGACUUUCGAUCCGCAGGAGGCAAGAAAGCAAAGAAGACGCCAUUGCCCAAAACAAGCAAGUGCACUGCUUGCAACCAGCAUUCGGUUCCUUUCAAUCCACUUGGUAGGACAAUCUGUCAGAAAUGCAAGGACGCAGAGACAAAGAUGCUUGAACCUUCGGAGCCAACAGUUGCGGCGCCGCCAUGCUCACCUAUGCUAGGGCACGAUCAUGUAGAAAAUGACCCUGAUGUAGCUGGCGAUGUCGAAGCUGUCCUGCCGCAUGAUAAGCAAGUCCGGGAUGCCACAGCAGGUGGGGCUAAUGGUCAUGCAGGAGAGACAGUUCGCCCAGACUCAGCAGUACAAGCAGGUGUUGCGCCCACGGAAGUUGCUCCAAACAACAUAAUGCCGAGAGGCUCGCCGGUUGGRGGAAAAGUGCCCGUCGCGGAACCCCCGACUGCUGAGCCGCAGCCAGGGGCAGAGGGAGAUCAAGAGCCUUCAGCGAACGAGAAGGGGUCCUCGGACAGUACGGAUGAGGAAGACGUGCCGCUUUCAACCUUGUCAUUAAAACGUGCCUUGAAUCCCAAGCUAUCCCCUGCUGCUGCAAAGAGAACUAGGACUCGUCAGACCCGACCAGCGAGAGGACCAUACGACCUUGGAGACUCCUUCGAGCGUCCCGCGAAUACUUAUCGACGUCUCAUCCAGCUUGCGAUCUCAGAUACUCCUGAUGGCCGGCUAAGGGCUGCUGAGGUCACGAAGUGGAUUAGCAGCAACGUCCCUGGCUAUAAACUCGGGCAGGGAAGCUGGGCUAAUGCUAUAAUGGCGACUAUGAUAUUUGRAGCAGACAACAUCAGCAAAAAGCACGGAGCGCCGUAUCUCAAGCGGUGCGGACCUGGUGGCGGUAUGGAUUGGUACGAACUGUUGCCCGAAUUGAAGGAAAAGGUGGAACGCUGGGACGCUGCGCUAUCCCGGCCAAUUCUAAGACCCGUGAGGGAAGUAGAAGAGACGACCACAAAACCUUGUGAAGCAUCUACAGUUGAGGUGGAGCCUCUAACGCGAUCUGCACACAAAUCAGCGCAAUCGCCGCGGUCGACUGGCCAAGUCAAGACAAUCGCACAUACCAGAAAACAGAGCGACAAGUGGCCCGCCCAGAAAAGCCCUCCACAUGAGCUGAUGGAGGUUGAUAGCGAACUUGUUGUCGAUCAAGCUUCAUCGCCCGAACAACCCUUGGCACAAGUGGCUGCGAAAAGACAAGCUGUGACCGAGCUGGUCGACAUCUCUGAUGUUUCCAUGGAGGGAUUGAAUCAAACAUCUCCAGUUGCAAACGGAGCAGGAAUUGUCGACACGCUCGCCGGGACAACGCCAAUAAGGGAACGGGCACCCAUGGACGGGAGAUUUGUUCAGACUUUYGCAACCACCAAGAAAGCUUCUCGAUCCAUACACGAUAUGACCUUGGAGCAAGUUCUCGCCUGCCGUCCACCGGCUGUGUACACAGAGCUCUACAAAGCCUGGCCAUCACUUGAUCCCCCCAAAACGGAAUUUGACUACGAAGCAAAGAUGGCGGAGAUUAGAGCUCGUCCCGGACGAAAAGAGCGGUUUGGCCAGAAGAGACCAGUUGAUGCUGAGAAGGUCUUGUCUGUUGUCGGUCCAUCGGAAGAGCCACCCUGRCCACCGAUCGAUAACUCUUUCGGGCUCACCCAGGCUCAAUUCGGUGACGAGCAGGGCCUUGAGCAUUGCGAGACUUGGGAUGAGUUCUUCGGGACGACUGAGCAGGUCAAGCCGUGUAUUGUGGAGGGCAAGUUGGCGUACCGUCCAGUCGGGGAGAAGUCGAGGGCAGUUUUCAAGACAUCGAUCUGA